AUUCGGUUAAGUGCUGCCUGGCAGAACCAUUUUAAAGGACUUACUAGGAGUCUUGUUUCUGAUUCUUUUACUGGGUCUUUUACUGGUACACAAGGACUCAUUUCAUCAUCUUCUAUAGACAUCAUGUCAACCAACUUGGAGAUUCACAGUCUUGGCAUGAAGACUGGCACCACCCUUAAGAUCAAGGGCAAAGUUGACUCAGAUGCUGCUCGCUUCAACGUUAACUUGGGAAAUAAUAGCAAUGAUCUGGCCCUUCAUUUCAACCCUCGUUUUGAUGAUUCAAGAGAUGGAUACGUUAUAGUUUGCAACUCCAAGUCUGGUGGCUCAUGGCAAUCUGAGCAGAGAGAAAAACAGCUACCAUUUUCCCAGGGUUCUACUGUCAAGUUUUCCAUUGAAUUCAAAGAUGAUAAAUUUGUCAUCAAGAUGCCAGAAGGUGUGGAAAUGGAGUUUCCAAAUCGACAUAAUUAUAAUCAUAUUGACUACAUGGCAGUAAAUGGUGGAUUCAAAGUCACAUCAUUUAAACUUGACUGAAUAAUUUGUAAACUAUGAAAAAAAUGAAGAAGCAUUAAUAUUUUCCUGAUAUUCUUAUCUUGUGUGUUUUUCUGUAUGGAUUUUGAGAUGUAAGGAAAAGCUUAAUAAUUACAUUAAUCAGUCUGUGA